AUCCGUCACUAUGCCAGAGCCCUCCCGUUCAGCGCCGGCGCCCAAAAAGGGCUCCAAAAAGGCUAUUAGCAAGGCGCAGAAGAAGGACGGCAAGAAACGUAAGCGCGGCCGCAAGGAGAGCUACUCCAUCUACGUGUACAAGGUGCUGAAGCAGGUCCACCCCGACACCGGCAUCUCGUCCAAGGCCAUGGGCAUCAUGAACUCGUUCGUCAACGACAUCUUCGAGCGCAUCGCCAGCGAGGCCUCCCGCCUGGCGCACUACAACAAGCGCUCGACCAUCACGUCCCGCGAGGUGCAGACGGCCGUGCGCCUGCUGCUGCCCGGCGAGCUGGCCAAGCACGCGGUGUCCGAGGGCACCAAGGCCGUCACCAAGUACACCAGCUCCAAGUGAGGCGCGCCGCGCGCCCCGGAACCCAAAGGCUCUUUUCAGAGCCACCUCCCUGUUCAGAAAGGAGCGUCCCACGUAGUCUGGCUGUGACGGGCUGAUGGGUGGGUGCUGUGGGGGAGACGGGCGUGCGUGACGGGGACGCGAGGCCCGCGAUCAAGCUAAGCGGUUUACCCAGCGGCGUACGACCCGCGAGGCCCGCGGGGUGAGCCUCGGCCCGGCCGGAAGCCGGACAAGGCGCGGGCCCGGCGCUUGCGGGCGUGCGCCACACGGGGCCUGCGGGUCUGCGCGGGGCGAGCGCCGUGCGGGUGCCGGCGCGCCCUCUCCAGGAAGGCCUCGUGCCGCCUCCCCCUUAUCGUGUCCCCUCGUGGGUCGGGACGCGUGUGUGGCCGUGGUGCUCGGGGAGGCCCCGGUGUUGGCGCGCAGCCCCCUAGGGCGUCCUCCUCGCCUUUGCCACAGGGCGGCCGCGGGAGCUUCCUGCGAGAAGCGUUUUAGCAGCAUUGAGUCUAAGCAGCCCCUCGUGGGCAGUACGCGUUCCUGCUUGAAAAAUCAAGACGGCCACCGCGCAGACACCGGUCUCCUCCCUCAUUCUCAGCUACAAUCUCUCAGAUCAGAAGAUUGUGAUGUUUUACCCGGAAACUAUAUACUUUCUAAGCUCACUUUUAGUCAAUGGGGGCCGGCCCUGUGGCAGAGCAGCGAAGUUCACGUGCUCUGCUUCGGCGGCCUGGGGUUUCCUUGGUUCGGAUCCUGGGUGCCGUCGCGGCAGGCUCAUCAGGCCGGGCCGAGGUGACGCUCCG